AUGGCCAACCUCCCAACCGCAUUGCUCGUUCAAGUCCGGGUGGCAUUUGCGACCUGCUCGAGACAGCACGCAGUGUCGCGAAAGUCGCAAUUCAGCACCCUCCGACCCCUUUUCCGAAAGGCACCUGAGAAGCCUAAGACGCCGAAAAGCGUUUCAAUACAAGUUGCCCACCACCGGGCGCAACUACAGAAGGAACAAGAGAAAGAGAAGGAGCGGCAGGCGACAUCAUCGCAGCGUACACAUGAUACAAAGGAGUUGGUUCCUCGCUCCAAGGAAGACACUUCUGUCAGUACAGAGCGGAAGUUCCAGGUGCCUUUGAAGGUCAUCCCAAAGGCUCAGAUUGCGCCCAACGUUAGUCUGUCACCUAGAGAACGACUUCAACUUGAAGAAUUAACGCGGAGAACUCCUCGACCAGCUGAACCAACAGUCUACAAAAAGAAGAUCCGAAUUUAUAGCGCAGGGUACCCCCGCAUAUACGGUGUUUUGUUUGUCAAAUUCACCUUCACUUUGAUUCUGUCCGUCGUGACAUUCGUCGUGGUGCCAGCUCAAUGGUUCGGUGAUGUUCCUGUGUGGGUCACCGCUGGCUUUUGGCUCGCAUGGUUUCUUCCGGCAUGCUAUGUCCAUUGGUAUUUGAGAGGUUUUGUCAGCGAAAUCUUCCUUCGCCUUCCUCCUAAAGCUCAGUUGACCCCGAAGGCUACCAUGGAAUACGCCAAAAGUUUACCAAAUGACUCGGUCCUGGAGCUGACGUUCAUGAGGUGGACCAUGCUACCCUCAACCGUGUCAAUGAAGCUGGGCCAACUCCAACCCCUAUCUAGCAGAUUUCAACUUGCCAAUUUCGGUGUUGCAGGGCCUUUGGACAAUCCUGGUACCUUCUUGCGCCCGACUCCUAAAGUCUUCUAUGUUCGUCCUCGGUCGGCUGAGGGAAUGGCUGUCAAAGACACAAUUCCUGGAAUCUGGCCCAAGGUCUUUGCUAGACUGACACAAAAAGACAGCGCCACUAGAUGGCAAUGA